CGCGCGAAACUCCGGAGAAGGAGCGAAAUGGCCGCUCUCACUGACGCCCAAGCCGAGGCUAUCUGCUCUUUGCCGAAAGAGGAGACGAACGCUUACUUCGUGCAGCAGACCUCCUUCCGGAUAAAAGAUCCGAGGAAGAGCCUGGACUUCUACUCGCGAGUCCUCGGAAUGACCUUGCUGAUGAAGUACGACAACCCUGAAAUGAAGUUCUCGCUGUAUUUCAUGGGAUACGAGAAUCCAGACGAGGUUCCCAAAGAUCCGACGGAACGAGAGCAUUGGACGGACUCGCGGAGGGCGACGCUUGAAAUGACUCACAACUGGGGGACCGAAUCAGAUCCGGACUUCCCGGGCUAUCAUAAUGGAAAUACUGAGCCUCGAGGAUACGGCCACAUCGGUAUUCAAGUGCCCGACAAAGAGGAAGCUUGCGAACGCUUCGAAAAAUUAGGCGUCAAGUUCGCCAAAAGGCUGACCGAGGGAAAAAUGCACUGCCUUGCGUACAUUCAGGAUCCCGACGGGUACUGGAUAGAGAUAGCCGAUAACAAGGGAUCAUGCUGAUCAUGGAUUCCGUCCAGAAGCAAUAAAGUUCGUCUUUCACCAU